GGCUUGCGCCCCAAAACCUUCCCUACGCGGCCACGACAGCAUCCUGCACGGCGUAGGGAGGAAAGGAGCCCCUAGGUCGUUUUGGCAGUUCAGCUACUCCAGCUCCUCUUUCCGAAGGGCGUCGGGCAGGUCAGAACCUGGGAGGAGGAGCUGGGCCACCCCGGGGCUGCGUUCUCCUGUCACGUCCGAUGGAUGCAGCGUCCGUGCUCGGCCGACGGGAGCCAUCGCUGCCCUGGCGCGAGAGUCUCUUAGAAUCUCAGCCCUUCACGCGGGAAUUCCGUUUACUACAGCUGCCGACGCUGGUGGUUUGUCGCGGAAGUUCGGGGCUCGCAGUCCGUUUGGGUUUCGUAGCAGGUCUGAGGGUGGAGUCUUGGUGUCAGGCUCGGGACGUGGGGCAUUAUGGGAGUCGUAGUUGAGGCCACCUGGAUUUUGGCAUGGUCUCGGGGCAUUCUGGGAGUUGUAGUGUGUGGGCCACAGUGUAGUCCUAGGAAGUGUCGUCGUCCCAGGCCCCCCGGCUCUGGCGCUGCGUACGCAGGUGCCUGGCAUCCUGGCAGUAGUAGUGCGUGAGGGGAGCGCCUCAGCCCUCGCGGGGGAGGCCGCGGUAGGUCUUCGGCAGUGUAGCCUUCCGAGGCCCGCGGGCUCUGGCGCUGUGUGCGCAGGUGCGGGGCGUUCGGGCAUUGGUGGUGGGUGAUGGGAGCGCCUCUGCCCUCUCCCCGCGGCCGCGGUGGGUCCUGGGAAGUGUAGUCGUCCGCGGCCCGGCCUGGUCGCGGGGUCUGGUGGCUGAGGCUGUGGCGGGUAGAGUCCCUCCCCGGACGCGGAUCCGAAAGUCUGGCUCACUUGGGCCCAAGAUACUUAAAGCGGCCCCCUCUGUCCGAGAUCCCCUCCAGGUGGCCCGGGCCGAAGACCACCUGCAGCUCCCCGGCUAAAGGCGCAGAGGAAACGCGCCGUCCGGUGACCCCGUUACAGGAGGCGGUGCCGGGCUGUGCCGUUUCCCCCUGCGCUCCUCGGUCCCGCCGCGAGCCAUGCCUCAGGUGAGCUGCGCCUUUUUUCUUUCCCAGGGCAUCUGUGUGCUUCAGGACUGGGGGACAGAGGCUUGCUUUCUCCGGAAGCGCCCUGCUCAGGUCCUCCCCUUCGGGCACCUGGACCUGAGGGGACGUGGGAAGGUUGACGGGAAGCUGUCCGGUCGUGGGCGGGUUUCGGCCCUGGGGGAAGGUCGGGAGCCGGCGGGGGAGGGGGCGGGUGUGUUAGGUCACUUCUUCCUCCUUUUCCCAGCGUUAGAAUGAGGAGUGCUUUACUCUGUCCCUCGCUCCAGCUACCCCUUUCUCAGUCGUACAUAUUAAAGUUUGUUUAUUUUUGAGAGAGGGAGAGAGGAAAUCCCAAGCAGGCUCCUCGUUGUCAGCGCAGAGUCAGAAGUGGGGCUCCAUCCCGGGAACCGUGAGAUCAUGACCCGAGCGCAAAUCGGGAGUCAGAUCCUUAACCGGCUGAGCCACCCGACUGCCCCAGUCAUAUUCUAAUUAAGCAUGUACUUUCAGCACCUGUGUCAGUGGUCUCAAAGUGGAAUUCCUGGACCAGCAGUAUCAGCAUCACGUGAGAACUUACUAGAAACGUAUAGUCAUGAGCUCCCUUCCCAUACCUUCUGAACCAGAAACUCUGGGUGUGCAGUUCAACAGUCACUCCCAAGUGACUCUGAUGCGUGACCCAUCCUGGGUGUGGGGGGUUCAGCUGGGGCAAACAAAAUCUCUGGCAGUUGUUUCACAGAGGUGGGGGUAAGAAGGCCAACUGUUUGAUUUAGUUCCUGUUUUUUGUUCUACUUCUCUGCCCUACAUACAUUGUCUCAUGCUUGUCUCCAAAUCCAGAUGCUCUCCCAAAUUUGAUGGGGAGUCCAGUUUCCAUCUGUGCUGCAGAUUCCGUUGUUGAGAAAAUAGCUUCCUUUACUAGUCAGUAACCUUUAUCGCUUAAAACUUUUUUUUUUUUUUUAACUGUAAGAUACAACUGCCAUGCAUCUGGAGCUCUUACUAGUUUGACCCCUUUUAAAAUUUCUGCUCAUGCUUAAUGGUUCUGUGGGUUACUGAAGCAGUGCAAAAGCAGGCCGUGAAGUGGGGGCACAUUAUUACUCCUAACCCUGAGGGGAAAGCUUUUUGUUCCAUUCUGGGAUGGGGGACAUGUCUUCCUUCGGUAGUCUUUCUUACUGCGUAUCCUUGUUCUGUGACACUGCUUACAUCGCCGGUAAGUUUCAUAGCCCUUUUUUCAGGAAUGGCGGUAACCGUGUUGCACUUGAGUGCAUGCCCCUUUUUAAAGGUACUGCUGCUGUCUGCUGUAGCCGGUUGUUACCAUGAAGAUAUUCUUGCCGGAUCUCAUUAAAAUAGGCUGCUAUCAAGGAAAAUAUACACUGCCUACUGAAUACAAAGGGGCUGUCUUUGUUAUUCAUUAAGUGUUCUAAGAUUCUAAGAACUUGAACAACAAAAGGCAGAAAUUCAUGUUGUUCAUGUGUAUAAUCCUUUAUCUUUCACAAAAUGGUAAAUUAUGUCAGGACAAAUUGUAUUUAUUUUUUUCCUUUUCUCCAAUUAUGCAAUAAAACAAAACAGGCUCUUACUAAUUAGAAUUCUGAAAACCCCCAUUUGCUACUCUAUGCAUACACUGUCUACUCUCCAUGGUGAGACUCAUUUCACUCCUAAUCAGGGCCUGUGGGAGCAUGGGUGCUGGUUGUGCAGAUAUCUGUAUAUCAUUUCAGGGGUCAGUGACAUUCAGAGAUGUGGCCAUAGACUUCUCCCAGGAGGAGUGGGAAUGGCUUCAGCCUACUCAAAGAGAUUUGUACAGACAUGUGAUGUUGGAGAACUACAGCCACCUGGUUUCGCUGGGUCUUAACAUUUCUAAGCCAUAUGUGGUUUCCUUAUUGGAGCAAGGGAAAGAGCCCUGGUUGGAGAAAAGAGGUGUGAGAAGAGAUCUGUUUUCAGAACCAAAUCGUGAGGUCAAAGAGUUUUCUCAAAAAAAUGUCAUUUAUGAAGAUGACUCACCCCAGUGUUUGGUAGUGGAAAGAAUUCUAAGCCACGGCCCUGAAUAUUCCAGUUUUAAAGGAGGCUGGAAAUUCGAGGAAGAUACUCAGAUGCAAGGAAAUCAGGGGUGUAUCCGGCAAGGAACAGUGUCUCAUCAGGGAGCCCUGUCUCAGCACACGAGUAUCAAUACCGUGGAGAGGCCCCAUGGAUGUCAUGAAUGUGGGAAGACUUUCAGUCGGCGCUUUUCCCUUGUGCUACAUCAGAGAACUCAUACUGGAGAGAAACCAUACGUAUGUAAGGAAUGUGGCAAAACCUUUAGCCAGAUCUCAAACCUUGUGAAACAUCAGAUGAUACAUACUGGAAAGAAACCCCAUGAGUGUAAGGACUGUAAUAAAACGUUCAGUUAUCUCUCAUUCCUCAUUGAACACCAGAGAACACAUACUGGGGAGAAACCCUAUGAAUGUACUGAAUGUGGAAAGGCCUUUAGCCGUGCCUCAAACCUCACUCGACAUCAGAGAAUUCAUAUAGGAAAGAAACAGUAUAUAUGUAGGAAAUGUGGGAAAGCCUUUAGCAGUGGCUCAGAACUCAUUCGCCAUCAGAUUACACAUACCGGAGAGAAACCUUAUGAAUGCAUUGAAUGUGGGAAGGCAUUUCGCCGUUCUUCACAUCUUACUCGGCAUCAGAGCAUCCAUACUACCAAAACCCCCUAUGAAUGUAAUGAGUGUAGGAAAGCCUUCCGAUGCCACUCAUUCCUUAUUAAACAUCAGAGAAUUCACGCUGGAGAAAAGCUCUAUGAAUGCGAUGACUGUGGUAAAGUUUUCACGUGGCAUGCAUCCCUUAUGCAACAUAUGAAAAUUCAUACUGGAGAAAAGCCCUAUGCAUGUACUGAAUGUGAUAAAACCUUUAGCCGGAGCUUUUCCCUCAUUCUACAUCAGAUAACUCACACUGGGGAGAAGCCCUAUGUAUGUAAGUUUUGCAAUAAGUCCUUCAGCUGGAGCUCAAACCUUGCCAAACAUCAGAGAACACACACUCUAGAGAACCCUUAUGAAUAUGAGAAUUCAUUUAAUUAUCACUCGUUCCUUACUGAACACAAAGAAAUUCACGCUAUAGAGAAAACAUAAGAAUAUGGAUGAAGAAAAGCAAACAGUUAAUGCCUUAACUUUGACUUCAAAGGAUUCUUGGAAAAAAGCCUUAUGUGAAUAUGUUCAAUGUGAAGAAAAAUGGGUCAUACUUGAUUCAACAUCCUGGAGAAAAAAUAACCUAGGAAUAUGUGGGAAAGCCAUUAAUAGCUUUGCAUUCUUUUUGUAAUAUCAGAAGAUGAAAUCAGUCAAUACUGAGAAGCCUUCAUUUGGUGAGAUUCCCUUACUCUACAUUUGUAACUUCCUACCAGACAAGGAUACGUGGCCAAUAGAUGUGAGAAAGCUUUUAACUAGAAAUUGGCCCUAAUUCUGCAUCUGUCGGCUCAAACAGGGCAGAAUGUGUGGGUAAGAUUGCACUUUUUCUUGGACAUCAGAAAAUUCAUAAUGAAGCAAAGUCAUGCAAACACAAUGAUUCAGGAGUGUUUUUUGUACCAUGCAGUAUUUAUUAGGUUUUAAAAUACUCUUCUAAAGAGAAAACACAACACUAUAAAUGAACUGAAUAUAGGGUGAUUUUCUGCAUUAUAUCAAACUACAGAAUUAUACUGGGGGAAAAACUACCAUUGUAAUGAGUGUGGCAAAAUCUUAAGAGUUCUGAGAAGUCAUACUGGAGGGAAUCUGUGGGAGGUUUUUUUUUUUUUUUUUUUUUUUUUUUUUUUUUUUUUUUUCUUCUUUUUUUGGGGGUGAGGUGAUUUUUGCUUUAAAGCAAAUUCAAAAAGCUAUGAAUAAAUAUUUUAUUUUCUAGUUAAUUAAUCUAGUACUUGCAGAGUUUUUUCCACACAUUUGUGAUUGUGAAAAUGCAACUACCACAAUAUCAAUAUCACUAACAAGAGUAAUGCGCUUUUGUUGAAACAUACAUGAUUACUGAAACCUUUUUAAUAUAUUAUGGCUUUAACUGUGAGACAAUUUAGAUUUAAGGUUAUGCUAACUCAUGUUUAUCCUUGAAUAUGACUAGACCUGUUUUAGUCUGAAAUAAAUGUAAAUAAGGUGUGUCACAGGAAAAUGCCAAGGUACUUUUCCUCUUGUUCCAUUUACAGUAGGAACAUUUCUUUUGUAAGCACGUAUUUGUCAAAAUAAAUCAGAUGAUGUUUUCACUCUCCAUGUA